AACUUGGCCCCUAUCCAUGCUGACACCAGGGGAUCUGGGAGUGAUGAAGAAAAGGGAGGAUCACUGAAUGGCACGUGGAUUAAAAAUACUUCUUGGAAACCUAGCUGACUUCAAUUCCCAUUGAACUUGAGCAGAGAGAUUGCUAUAUCCCGGCUGGGUGGAACUGCCAGAUCUUAGGAGACAUCGAGACUCUGUAAAAGAAAGAGGGACACUGAAAGAAAGAGAGAGAGGGAAAGAGAGAGAGAGAGGAUGCUAAUUAGCAGAGGUGAAAGGUGAAUUAAUGCCUGCCGUUUGUCAAGACAGAGUUAAAAGGGGUUGCAUCCCAUUGUGUUAUGAUGAAAAGAAGCGUAAAUCUGCAUUAAACCCUGCCUGCCUUCUGUUUAGAAGAAAGCAGAAAUUACAGGGGAUGUUUCAUCGCGUUUAAGAAAAACCUCAUUGCUUUGGAAGGCUGCAUUUCAAAACAUUCUGGAUAAAACUUGACAGAGAAAAAAAAAAAUACAGUUCAAUGCAGGGGAUUGAGUUUGACAGCAGCUUGACCACUGAAAGCAAUGUGACACUUCAUGUGGAGGGCUUUCUGUGUUAAAGCAUUUCAUUUUGUUUUUUCAUUCUCGUUAAAUGGACUGUGAAAAGUAAGGUCUCAUUAUAACUGAGGAAACCAGUGUCUUUUUGAAAGCUGUGACCUGCAUGAGGGAAUUACAAGGAGUCCAAGGGAGUUUAAGAAAGUGACACUGAAAGAGAAUGAUAACAGCCAGGAGGUUUGUUGCUUAUUGCUUGUGGCUAAUUUUUGGGAGUCGAUUGUUGGCAGUCUCUUACAGUCAGCCAAGGCUGAGACUGACUCACAAAGAGUUAUGGGAAUUAAAUCGAACCACUGUAUUUUAUGGACCCCGUGGCUUUUUGGAUCUAAAAACAAUGCUUCUAGACGAGUAUCAAGAAAGGUUGUUUGUUGGAGGUCGUGAUGUUAUGUAUUCUUUGAACUUGGAAAAAAUUAAUGAUGAAUACAAAGAGGUAUACUGGCCAAGCACAACUGAACAGAUACAACAAUGUCACAUGAAAGGCAAAAACACGAAUGAAUGUGCUAACUUUAUUCGGCUCCUUCAACAACACAACAGAACCCAUAUGCUGGCCUGUGGAACAGGAGCAUUCAGUCCUGUCUGUGCUUUUGUUAGGGUUGGCCACUGGAGACAGGAUAGACUAUUUGACUUGGAAACAGGUUCUUUUGAAAGUGGACGAGGCAAAUGUCCUUUUGACCCCAACAUUUCCACAGUUUCUGUAACAAAUAGGGGUGACUUAUUUGUGGGACUUUACACAGACUACUGGGGAAAUGAUGCUGCUAUCUAUAGAAUGGGCAAUCUCACCUAUACAAGAACAGAAUGGGAUAAUAAACAUCAGUUAAAAGAACCUAAAUUUGUUGGCUCCUACGUGAUCCCUGACAAUGAUGACCACAAUGAUGAUAAGGUGUAUUUCUUCUUCACUGAAAAAGCGACAGAGGAGGAUAGUGGCAUACGAGUCUCUUACACUCGAAUUGCAAGAGUUUGCGCAAAUGAUGUUGGUGGACGGAGAGUGCUUGUAAAUAAGUGGACCAGCUUCCUCAAAACUCAGUUGAUCUGUUCAGUGCCUGGACCUAAUGGAAUUGACACCUACUUUGAUGAACUAGAGGAUGUGUUCUUGCUACAAACUCAGGAUAAUAGAAACCCUGAAAUCAUUGCUUUAUUUAGCACAACAAGUAAUGUAUUUAAAGGGUAUGCUGUAUGUAUCUAUCACAUGGCUGCAAUUCGGGAAGCAUUUAAUGGUCCAUAUGCUCACAAGGAAGGACCAGAAUAUCACUGGACACCCUAUGAAGGAAAAAUACCAUUUCCAAGACCUGGUACAUGUGCUAGCAAAAUGAAUGGGGGUCAGUACUCAAGUUCCAAAGAUUAUCCAGAUGACGUUGUUCGCUUUGUGCGUUCUCACCCAUUAAUGUACCAGUCCAUCUUCCCUACACACAAAAAACCUGUUCUUCUCAAGACAGACGGAAAAUACAACCUCAAGCAGAUAGUAGCUGACAGAGUGGAAGCUGAAGAUGGACAGUAUAAUGUGCUAUUUUUGGGAACAGACAAUGGAAUUGUAUUAAAGGUGAUCACGAUAUAUAACCAGGAAAGUGAAACUAUGGAAGAAGUCAUUUUAGAAGAACUUCACAUAUUUAAGGUGCCAGUGCCAAUUUUGUCAAUGGAAAUUUCUGUCAAAAGGCAACAACUGUAUAUAGGAUCUGAAUCUGCUGUAGCUCAAGUAAAGCUCCAUCAGUGUGAUAUGUAUGGAACAGCAUGCUCUGACUGCUGUCUUGCCAGGGACCCCUACUGUGCAUGGGAUGGGGUGUCAUGCUCCAGAUAUUUCCCAGCCGGAACACUCACUAAAAGACGAUUCCGUAGGCAAGAUAUUCGACAUGGCAAUGCAGUUCAACAAUGUCACGGCCAACAAGUGAAUGAGGUGACAGAGAAGGCUGAAGGAAAAAUUAUUUAUGGCAUUGAAAAUAACAGUACCCUAUUAGACUGCAUUCCACGAUCUCUUCAAGCAAAAGUUUUGUGGUUUACACAAAGCAACCAUGAUGAAAGGAAAGAAGAAGUUAAACCGGAUGAAAGAGUUUUAAAAACAGAUCACGGCCUUCUGUUUUUGAAGCUUCAAAAAUCUGAUGCUGGGACAUACAUAUGUCAAACAGUAGAACAUGGUUUUGUUCACACAGUUACUAAAAUUACUCUAGAAAUUUUAGAAGUGGAGCGGAUUGGGGAGAUGUUCCAAAAAGAUGAUGAGGAAGAAAUGCACCAUAAAGUUCCUUGUUUUGCUCCCUCUGGCUUGCCCCAGGGCUCCAGCAAGCUAUGGUACAAGGAUUUCUUACAACUUAUAGGAUACAACAAUUUUCAAAGGGUUGAGGAGUAUUGUGAGAGGGUUUGGUGCACGGAUAAAAAACGCAAAAAGCACAGACCAUUGCCACCAAAAUGGAAGUACCCUCAUCUGCCAGAGAGGCGAAUAAAGCUUAAAGGGGAACAUCAUCGCCUGCCUCGGGAUGUAACAGAUUCUUGAAGACUCUAUGGAAAGCAAGAUCAUGCAUGGUCAAAAGAAUAUAUCAAGGACUUCUUUCUUUUGCUUCACAUUAUUUUUCCAAUUUUUAAAUUACUUCAUCACUGGCAAUAUUGACAGUGAUUCUAGACCUGAACAUAUACAGUAAGUUUACAAACUUAAAAAAGAACAAUCUUGGUACUGUAUUCUCCAAAAAAUGCAUCAUUUAAGCACUUUUUGUUUUAUCACAUCACUCCAUGAACAUUUUAACAUUUGCCCUGCAUCUCUCAGGAUUAUAAUUUAUUUUAUUGUAUAGCUAAUAUACUGUACUAUACAUGUAUCUUCCAAAUCAAUAUCACUCACUAAUAACUUCAAGCCAAAAAUCAUCCCCUUAGAAGAAUAGUUUCCUUUCGCUCUUGUUGCUCAGACAUCAUUUAUCAUACACUCUCAUCAAUGAUCUGUAGCUUUGCCAGCUCUAAUAUUAAUUUCUACAAAUGGAAGGUAAGAAUUUCUCAGGACAUACAGCAUAUAAAUGCCUAACUUAAAAUAUUUGCAAAUUUGCACAUGUCAAUAAAAACAAAUACAAAUUAGAGAGGAGUAUAAAUUAUCUCAUUUAGCAUAUCAAAGCAUUCUGAAACCCAAUCAGUCUAAUUCAAAAUCACAAUGGAUGGCACCUGGUCUGACAGCAUUGGAUAUGAGGCAGGAAUCAACCCUGGAAAGACAACCAUUCUAUCACAUAAAUCACUCGUGUACACACACACUCACACAUGGCCAUUUUAGAAUCACCAAUUAAACUAAAAUGCAUGAAUUUUAAAUGUGUGAACAACAAGAAAGCACCUGGAUAGAAACCUUUCAAGAAAUAGGAAGAAUGUGUCCAAGUCUAGAAUUAAAACCCAUGACUCUGGAUCAAUGACUUACAAGAACUAAACUCUGAUCCACCAUACUGCCUGAUAGUAUGCAGAAAUCUGACCACAUUGUAAAAUAAUUGAAUAGUAUAACAUUCUCAAAAUCCCUUUAACAAGUUCAGAGUUGUGGACGCAAGGCAGAGACAGGCCCAGGAUGGGGUACCAGUUUAUCACAUAGCCCAGGAUCAGCAUAGUGCUGCCAAUUAACUUAACCUGCAUGUGUUUGGGAAUAGACAGUGGUUAUAAAAAGUAUUCAACCCUUUUAACCCUGGAAACAGAUCUCUUCAAAGUAGUCUAAAUUAAUUACAAAUAUAACACACAAAAAAGGUUCACAUAAGUGUUUACUCCCUUCAAGACAGUAUUUAGUAGAUGCAAUUCUGGCAGCCAUGACAGCCUUGUGUCUGUUUGCACUGGUCUCUAUCAGUUUUGCCCAUCUGGACACUACAAUUUUUCCCCAGUCAUCUUUGCAAAGCUACUCAAGAUCCGUCAGGUUGCAUGGGGAUCAUGACUGAACAGCCUUUUUCAAGUACAGGCACAAAUUCUCUAUUGCAUUGAGACCUGAACUUUUACUUAGCCACUUCAGGACAUGAUAUUGUUUUUAAGCGAUAUUUUUCCAUAUUUUGCUUUAUUCAUUUUACCCUCAACCUCCUCAAGCCUUCUAGGGCUUGCUGCAGGGAAGCAUUCUCAUGGCAAGAUGCUGCCAGCACCAUGCUUCAUAGUAGGCAUGGUGUGUUUUUGAUAAUGUGAAGUGUUAGCUUUUGUCAAACAUGGUGUUUAGUCUAAAGGCCAGACGCUCAACCUCAUUGGACCAGGCUUCAUCAGACCGUAGGGCUUUCUUGCAGCUGAUUUUAGAGCCUCCCAUAUACCUUCUAGCAAACUCUAGCUCAGUUGUAAUGUAGUUGUUUUUCUCUUUGCCAUUCUCCCAUAAAGCUAACUCUUUCAGAAUUCUGUGCCCUCCCUCACUUUUUGCAUAAUCACGCCAUACUGUUUACAAUUGAUUUAAAUGGACUCCAAGGGAUAUUCAGUGACUUGGACAUUUUCAUCUCCAGACUUGUGCUUUUCAGUCCCUUUUUCAUGGAGUUGAUUUGAGUGUUUUUUUGAUGUCAUUGUGUAGGUAUGCCAGCAAUACUGCCUCACCACAAGUUGGACCUUCCAAAUGCACAUGCAUUUACUGUAUACUACAAUCACUUGAAAUCCAUUGACUACAGACAGAUGAUCUCCAUUGAACUAAGUGUGGGACUGUUAGAAACUAGUGAUUAUUUUGGUGUGUCAUAUUAAAGGGGAUAAUGUUGUGUUAAAUCCAGGACAUCAGUGAGCCCCAAACCCCAACACAAACACACUUGUACAGCCCCGGUUCCAAACAAUCAAAGGUUUUUAUUUUAAAUACCUCCAAAUGUGACACAAAAUAAAAACACUAAUUCAAAAUUUUAUUGCUGUUUACAUUUAAAUUGUCAUUUAAAAUAACAUGAUAGUAUGUAUUAAUAGCAAAGAAGAUCUAAGUACAGUAUAUUUCAUUUAGUCCAUUGAAAUUAUCCACCCAUCCAUUUUUUGUACCUACUUUGCUCAAUUUAAGGUAUAACUUGACAGAAUAGAGUAGAAAAAAAAAACAGAACAUAGCAUGAUGGUAAGAUAUGAUACAUUAUUUGGGUAAAAUGUGUAAUUUACUUUUGGUUUACUUUUUUGUGAACUGCAAUUAAAGGCCCAAAUGGAGCUGUACCAUAGUAUGCAUGUUCUGUUAAAUAAAAUUCAGUACUUCAAUUGUAUUAAAUCAAACAUGUAAAAACACUACAUUAUUACACCUAUAGCAUGGUACAGUUUUUAUGUUACGUUUCCACUACUCACAUAAAAACUCGAAACCACGACAGUCAUUACCAUGUUCAAGAUUCACAUGCUUUUGUAUUAAAUACAUUUUAUUUAUGAAUGAAACAUAAAGCAAAGCAGAUCACUAUGAAGUUUGAUAAUGCCUUUAUACUAUCUUCUACCAGGAGUGAUUUAAACAUGUACUGUAUAUUGUAUUCUUUCUCAAACACAAAUUUCCUUUCUUUAGUAUUGGAGCAAGGCUUUGAUGAAAUGAACAGGACUUAUUGUUAAAUACGGGCUACGCAGAAUCUACAACUUCAAAAUAUUUGUUGAAACAUUAUAUGCUAUAAACUGAACUAAGUAAAUUUCAUAGUUGUAUAUUUGCAUAUAAUAUAUGUUUAUCUAAGUUUGUUAACUCAUUUUAUUGAAUGCAUACAAGGCUGUUAUGGUAACAUUUACUAGACUAUUGCUUUUCAUGUAAAUUGCAUUAAGUGAAACAUAAAAAAUAUUCAUUGCAUUUUCUGUUUUCAUUAUCAAAAUACACAUUUGGAUUGAGAAAGGGACAUAAAUAGGAAAUAAAUACCACUUCAGAAUACAAAAGUAAUAUUUUACUUAUGAUGUAAUCACUACGGUUUAGGGUCAUGGGGGUCAGCGCUUAUCCUGACACCACAAGGUACAAGGCAAGAAAACCACCCAGGACCAGGCGCCUGUCCAUGGCAGUGCAAGGAAAAUACCUGACCUGAAAAUAAGUUGUAAAUAUGAAUGGUUUCUGUCUUUAGAGUAGCAUAAACUAAAGCUCUAUGCUGAUUUGAGAAACUGUGUCAAAAAGUUUUCCUAUUCUAUAAUGUGGUUUGCUAGAAAAUCAUUCAUACUUCCGAUGCAGUGAUAUUAUCUAAACAAGCUGAUUGUCCACAGCAUCUCCACAAACAUUCAGAAUUCUUUCAAAACAUUUAGCAUUGACCCUAUUUUCAUAGAAAUGCUGUACUGUAUUUUGUUUGUUAUGAUCUGCUUGUUGUGAUCUUUCUGUUUAUCAACUGUUGUCUUGUGCUAGAAACAAAUGCUAUGCAUCAGAUUGGCAUCAGCAUGCUUUUUUGUACAUAUGUUUAAAAGCACAACCAUGCAUUCCAUUUAAAUCAUAUUUAAGAAUAAAAACUCAGUUUGGAAAUAUGUUGGAGAACAAACAAACAAAAAAAUUUAUUAUUAUUCCGACAAAUGUAAAUUAUGGAGUAAAGUCUUUCAAGUAUGUAGCAAAUAUGAGGCUUGUAGGUAUGAAUGUUUUGUUAAAUAAAAUAUUAAACGUAUGUUAAGGAU